AUGCGGCGGGCUUGCAAGUCUGGAAACAUCGAUACGAUACGAUUAGCUACUUCAUAUGGCGCUGACGUAAACAUAAUUGACGCCCAAUAUAAAUGUUGUUCGACUCUCAAGUUAGCUGCGGAAAGAGGGCACGCCGAUGUAUUCGACUUACUGGUAGAGAUGGGAGCCACUUUCGAUCAUAGCAAUGUCACACUCAGUCCUCGUUUCUCCAGGAAACUGUGCAACCCAGUCAAAGAAGCAGUUCUAUUCUCGUUGUUUAAAGCUGGAUUCGGCUCACUGAAGGGGAUCGAGCUGUCUCUCCCGUCCGUCAUUCGAAAUGGAGGGUCGGUUGAACUUGUCCGGACACUUCUCGAUCAUGGGGUCGAUGUCAAUAAGCAUGAAAGGGUCUACGGACCCAAGCAACACCACAUCGUUGUGACAGCCUUGACAACUACCAUUCUGGAAAACAACAUACAAAUUUUCGAUGUACUGAUUGAAAGGGGCGCCGAUAUUCACGGCACCGAGAAGUGCAACCCUUUCAACAAACAUGCACCUUAUCCGUUCCGACAACCCCUGCACCUCCCUAUCUAUGCAGCAGCGGUCUCAAUGGUUCAGCAUGGAACUACAGCUAUGAUGGAACGAUGCCUCGAUUUGGGCGCCCACAUCAAUUUCAUAUCCCGCAACAGAGAACACCCAGCAGCCAACGCUGUGCUCACUACGCCGCUACUUACUUAUCUCUCCGCGAUCGAAACCUGGGACGACAAUGCAAAGCUCCAUCCAGUUGACGGCUUAAAGUUCUUCUUGCAACAUGAGGCCAACUUGGAAAUUCCCAUCGGCUUCAAAAAAGCAGGUCUCGAGAAUGAGUAUGUCCAGAUCCAGGCGACCAUCGAACUGCUUCUGGACAAGUGGGGCAUCGAAAAACUUUGCAACCCGGAAUUCUUGUUGACCAUCGAGUUUCUCAUAAAACAAGGAGCUGGUAAAGAUGUAUUCAUCAGGUUUCUGACAAAGUAUAGAGCCGUGGGUGACAACAUUCCCCCGGGUCUCCUGCAAAACUGGGCUCGCAUCGCAAAUCUCCUCCUCGAGCAACACGCCUCAGAUCCAAACAUCAAACAUAUUUUGCUUCGCAGUAUUCUCACACAAUAUCGCCCACAUGAAACCGGAGGGUUUAGCGACAUUGAUCGCUGCACAGUACGCUGUGCCAUUGCCGCAGGAGCGGAGAUUAACGCGCAUCAUGGCGGUGCCACCAUUCUGCACGAAGUCUGUGGAUAUCGCAAUAUGGCUACAUUCUCUCACAUCUGCGGCCAUGAUGAUAUCUUCGCCUGUGGCCAUGUCCGGCUAAUGUUCUCAUUCUUCUCCUUCCUCCACGAAAUUGGGGCGGAUCCACGCAUCAUUAUCAAGGGGAAAUCACCAAUCGAUGUCUUGCUAGAGCCUACACAGCAAUCCUUUCGGCUCUCGGCUUCUGGAGAAAAGUACCUCGUCAGAAUAGGGAAUAUUCUACUUGGAGAGGUGGACAAGUACAGCCUUUCUGACCUGAAGUCGUUGGAUGUAGUUUCCAGACGUCGAAAGCUUCGAAAUUUGGUCUUUGGUCGCCAUGCCUAG